GUCAACGAGCCUCUCAUUCUUACUGUCAGCGACACGUCUGGAGGAGAAUUUUAAAAAGAAGCUGGUGGAAGUUAAACUUAGUAUUGUUGCACCUUCAGAUGCUCAGCUGAUAUCUGAGUCUUUUCAUGUCCUGCAGCCUGAACGAGCACACAGCGAGGCUUCUGCUGAAUGCUUCUGCCCUGUUUCCCCUGUAAUGGCCUGAGGAGCCACGAGAUGGCUGCAUUCUUAAAUGUUUGAUGGAGAAGACGCAGGAGGCGGGUCCACAGGGGGAGGAGAGUGAGGCUGAGGAGGAGGCGCAGAUGCAGAAGCGGGCAGAGAACAUGGACAGGGAGCUGGCCACGCUCUUCCAUCUGAUGAGGAAAGUUUCCACACAGUGUGCAGAGAGUAGGCCUCCCUCACCUCCUUCCUCCUCUCAGCCCCGGCUCUGCCUCCAUCCCGGCCUCCUCUCCCUCCCCCCCUGCUCGCAGGCAGAGGGAUGAGUGUUUCCUGCCAGCCUGCAGACAGACGUGGACGCUGCUGCUGCUCUCACCGCUGCAGGAAGCAGGACGAUCAGCCCAGAGCUCCGUGCCACCUGAACCCGCUGUGAGCCGCACAUGUUGGUCCUCUCCCUCCACCUGGUGAAGAUGUAGUCUGUUUGGUCUCCAUGGAGAUGUCUCCAGUCUCAUUCUUUGCCCUGUUGCCAUGGUCACUGUGCUUGCUGUUCUUCCUGACUGCCGCCCGCCCCCAGACGACGAGCUCUGCCCCCACACAUGCAGCUUCCCCGGGGGCCAAUACGACGCUACUCUACGAGAGCGGCGCUGCGACUAGCCGCAGCCUGCGUAACUGCAGUUGCUCCGCCCCCGUCACGGACUGCGACGAAGUGCUGGCGAACUCUCUAUGCCGCUGCCACAGCGUGCCACGCUCCGCCCUGCCCCGCGCUGGGCUGCGGGAGGCGGGGCAGCUGGCGGUGUGGGUGAAGGAGCUCUGGGUCCUGGAGGAGCUGCUGAACGGCAGCUCGGUGGGCCACCUGCGCCUGUCGUUCUGCGGGAUCAAACCUGUGGACAGCCGGUACCUGGCUCUGCGGGGUCUGCAGACCCUCGGGAUCCACAGCGCCGUGCCGCAGACUCCAUACCCUGACCAGGAAAUGACCCUCUCCCCCCCAGCGGGGGUCACAGCGGAGCUGGACACCCUUUCCUUUGGCUCCUCCUCCUUCCUGCACAUGACCUUCGUGGACGUGGCCGUGCUGAACGGGCUGUCCGCCCUGAAGGCGUACAGCGUGGCAGGACCGCCUGCCCCCACCCUCUCCCAGCACUUCCCCCUGCUGCCCGUUUCGCCGCCCCCCUCUGAUGACCCGGCUGAGAUGGCUGCAGACCGCCUGCAGGACCUGCUGGUGACCUUCGUGUACUGAACCUCGACACCGAUGGCACUUUUUUGUGGGACGCGUUCCCUUCCUGCUGCUGCUCCUGUCCCGGAGAUGUAGUGCCCUUUGAUGCUCUGAUCCUGUAACGAGGUUUGGGAAUGUUUGCACUCUGAUUGGAUAAGAGGACAGCUGCCACAGAGGUUUCACACGCAUGUACACACUCUGACCGUCCACUGUGGUACCGUGUAACGCACCGCAGUAGAAACUCGUAGCUUUAUUAAACAUCAUAGGUUAGGUUUGGGCUUCAUGUGAGGUUAACAGGAAUUCCCACUACCAGGACCUGCUGGAGUCUCAUGAGUCUAAACAUCUGCAGAUGCUUCACGGCUAACCUCUCAGUGUCCGUCAAGAUACUCUGACCUGUCACAGAUAAUGAAAAUUAGCCUUUUUAGCAUUUUACCAACAAAACCAAACAGUAAGCUGAGCCCAGCGAUGUUCUCAUAACUCACUGAUGUGCUGUUGGUGUUAGUGGUUCAUAAAGCCUUUCACUCACAGUUUAUAACGAGUGUCUCAUCAGGAAACUGAAGCUGGGGGAUUUUAAUGGUUUGGUGUGUGAGUGGCAUGUAAGUGAUCUGUAAAUCCUUAGUAAUAGUGGGCGAGGAUGGAAAAAUGUGUGAAACAGCUGGAAGGGGACGAGGUGCUAACAUGACUCAGGCUGCAGGCGCUGCAAGCGCUGAUCUCUCCUGUCUCUGCGCUCACUUUUCUCCUCCAGUUCACAUUCAAUCUGUCUGCGUUUCAUGAACUGAAGGUUCACGUCAGUGACCAUCGACCGCGAGCCGUCUCACAGCCUUUAGACCUCGCUCAGACUUUAUGGACUGCAGCGUAACUGUUACCAAAAGCUGUGGUUCAUUCAGGUGCCGUACGGUGAUUAAACGACUGUAAUUGUGAAGUCAUUACUGGGCAGACAGUCUGCAGGCUUCCUGAAUCUAUGAGACAAACAACACGAUUGUUCCCGGAGACAGAAGAGAUCCAGGCUCUGCCUCCAGCUGCCGGCUGGGUGUUAGCGCUCCGUCCUGCCCAGGUGCUCCGUCUCUUUCUCAGUUCUUAGACUUACAUGGGCGACAACUUACAGCAAAAACACAAAUCAGAAAAACGGCAGGGCUCCCUGCACGCUUUUACUGAUGAGCCACGCCAUCCUCAUCAUCACAGCAGGAAUAUCUUUACAAAAUAGAUUUCAUAGCAGAUCUCGAGUAAGGUUGGGCGAUAUGUAAAAAUUUUCCAACCGACAAUCAUCAGUCCAAUAAUCGACGAUGGGCGAUAUAUUCACGCAUGCACAGACUUUUUGAUGGGCGGAGCAAUGUCAUCAUGCAGAAGUACAAACAUGGACGAACUAAUAGGGCUGUCGGCAUUAACGCAGUCGUCACGAUUAAUGCGAUUAAACUUUUUUUAAUGUACUCAACCCAUCUGGAGCGCAGAAAGAAGGGAUUUUGACUCAAUCUGUGUUCCAGAUGGGUUCAUUGUUAAUCGUGUUAGUCAUGAUGAUGGCGCGUUAAAGCUGGCAGCACUAAAAACAUAUAAAGUCGCCAAUUUGGGAUGAAAGAGGCAAACCUAAGGACGUAACCAAAGCGGUGUACCACUUGUGCAGACACAUAGUACGAGCAAAGUACUCAAUAACCCUAAUCUCUAGAGACUUGCAGAACCUCUCAGAGGCUCACGGCUCCAGAGUUCAUACUUCAAAAGAGCCAACAAUAAACCCCAUACGAAACCUCUUCAGGUGCAUCCUGGGCAGCAGCUCAGCACUCAGUUUUAUUUGGCGAGAUAAUAAAUCAACAUUAAGACGGUCUGAGAAUGAAUUUCCACCACAAAGCGCUGAAGCCACUCUCAGAUUCACGUCUGUACUUUAACUCCUCCAGUCUCAUUCCCAGAGCAUCAAAUGAUGAGUGCUGAGCGGUUUCAAACUCAAACCAACGUUCAGCAGCGCUGCGGAUAGAGCGAGGGUGCGUUGGCUUCCUGCAGGUCUGCAUUACAUAACGGCCUCGUGGAAGAACAUUUGUGUGCCACAUGAUGAAAUCCUGUCGGUGCAGAUUAUGAAGAUGAAAACAAGACGUACUGGGGCAGCUGGCCGCAGUGAACGCUGUCCAGAGCGGGACGAGCGCGUCUGCCGCUCUGUCUUUGAAACAUGACUCAAACACACCGCUGUGUCGGUUUAAGGACGACGCCUCUGAAUGUAAACAUGUCCGACAGCAGCGGGGUCUGCUGAGGCCAGAGAGCUCGGCAGGCGCUGUGCCGCGUUUUCCCAGCUGCUCUGAUUGAGAGCAGAUGGCCUCAUAAAACAAGUUGUUUUGAAACAGGUUAAAAUGGACGCCGAACAACACGAGUGCCAGCGUUAGGAUCCUCCGCCAGCAGCCAACACCGCGCACUCGCUUGGACGGCGACCAUGACUUGGGCUCUGCUGAGCUGGACGAGUGGGCGGGGCUGCGCAGCUGUCGCUCAGCGGAGCGCAAACAGAAUGUCUUUGUUUCACACUCGCUUUAAGGCCGAGGAGCUUACAUGCUCUCACUGUCCUCCUGCUCGAGUCCUGAGAGGCUCUGUGAGACCUGCUCGCACAAACGUGUGUGUGUGUGUGUGUGUGUGUGUGUGUGUGUGUGUGUGUGUGUGUGUGUGUGUGUGUGUGUGUGUGUGUGUGUGUUAAACCCAUGCAGUGAGGAUUCAGAGCAGAGAGUCAGAGUUCAGGUCCACGCCCAGCACACGCUGGCCUCUAUGCUUAAUUACACGGCGGGACUUUGCACGCUGCUCAGCGCCAGUGCACACACAUGGCCAGAGUCCAAGCUAGCACGUUCGACUUAAUCAAGGCCGGGUGGAGGGAUUAGCCCUUUUUCUUAAACUGGGUUUGAUCUCAUGCACAAACAUUUGAUGUGAACAGAGGGUUCAGUUUCCUGGAGUUUCUCUGUUCUGAAACAGUUCAGUUUUGGCUCUGCAGGUGUCGCUGUGCUGCAGCCACACGACAGAGACUGUCAGGCAAAUCAGUGCAUGUUUGCUAAUGUCCUGGUAGUUCCUCACACUCUGGUGGUCAAAGACAGAACUGAAAGCUGCUCCUGAGUUAAACCAUAAGCUAUAAAGAUACAUUUAUCAUUUCUUAUACUGUAACAGUCCAUAUAAACCUUUGAUGGGCUGUUGCUGUUUGAAGCAGCCACUAAAUGACCAAAACAAACGUUCUUCUUUAUUUUCUGGCUGUUUGCAGCCCUCUAGUGGUUGUACGUGGAACUUCAGUUGAAAGUGUAGACAUUUAAACCGCUAAUCCUUUUCCAGAAAAACGAACGUGCAGAUAAACACUGACGUUCAGGCUUGAUGUAAGCGCACAUUAUUCAUGACCUCUCCGCCUAUUGGUUAGUUAAAUGCCACAGCAGUGACCAAUGACUCGUGGUUAGCCGCCCUGACAGCAGACUCUGAUAAGCACCCAGAGUCUUGCAGGCCUUGGGAUCUGGUCUCAUAUGAGCAGCUUUUAUGACAUAAUUAUAGAUCAUGUGGUGUGAAGUCAGGGAGGGGUCAGGGCUGCACGCCCCAUCAGCAAACAAGCCCAGCAGCAGUGACACACGGUCCGCUUGAUUUUUCUCCAUGUAACAUGAAAGAUGCUCAGCCUGUGAGUGUCUGACUUCAUCAGAGGGUCUCUGCACUUGAUUUUCAUGCUUACAUCAUUUACACUUAGCAUUUAUCAGACAGUCAGCGACUGCACGGAAACCUCCGAUUGUUAAGGAAAAAUGUGAAUUCUCCACCUGGUUGCUGGAAGCGCUCACAGAGAGGUUUAGUGCUUCUCCAUCCAGCUGGUGAAUCCUUGUUUUUCCAGGCCGACCUGUCCGGUCUCUAGGCCUGUCCAACAGCUGACAUCACCUGGUUAGUGGUGAAAACCUAAAUUUAAGAAGCACUGCUCAUGAGAAGAAAAUGUUUAAGAUCACUUUGAUUUGGAGGGGGCGGGGUUUAUAACUUUUGCCCCAACCUGCCACCAGAGGGCGAUUGCCAUGCUGUCCAUCUUUAUAUACAGUCUGUGUUUUCAAGUUUACCCAGUCAGGAACAAGGAGAACCGCUGGGUGAGUUUGCCCUCCUCAGUGACUGUCAGGCUCCUCCUGCUCUUCCUGAGCACAAGCACUUGUAGUUAUGCAACAGGCAGAAGUCUGUCUGUGAACGCCAUCUGCUGUGGCAAACGCAAACAGAGCAGCUCACAUUUCCAGCGUGCAGCGCUCUGACACACUGGGAUUUUUCCACAGCUCUUCCCAUCUGCUAAACUGGGCUGUAACACACCUCCAUAAUGGUUUUCAGGCAGUUCACAGAGGACUGGCACUGAAAGUCAAAGAGUCUGGAACUUUCCACCACAAAAUGGGUGAAAAUGAGCUCAGCGGGGUUUUUGGGUUUGACGUCACUCCCUCGUCCUGUCUCCGUUUCCUCUCCUGGUCUCUGUUCCAGCACCUUAACUCUGCAUCAGGGAACGUGUUUUGCUUUCAGAUGAUUUGCACGCUUGUUGCAGGCUUCGUGAUGACUUGUGUUUAAGGAGCAGGUUGUGUAUUUGGAAACGGCUCGGCACCUUUGAUUUGUAUAUAAUUUGGAGUGAAUGUCAUAAACACGUCAUCAUGUGGAAGCUUUGUGUAGUCUGACAAUAAAGUUUGAAAAAGUGU